CACGUCUGAGAGCUUCUGUCAUAUCGAGUUUUCACAGAAGAUGGAGUUGCCAAAGUGUGCCUUGAUUCUAGCAACAAUAUUAGUUGCUUUUUCUAUUUCCUUUGCCCAAAAUGAAGGUGAGAGAAGCAAGUUUCUGAGAAUUCAAUGUACACUAAGAAAUGAUGCCUGUGUGAUCCCAUCACAGGUGGUAGUCAAGUAAGUGUCCACCAAGUGGAGGUACUGAGAGGUAGGGAUGGGAGAGAUGGAGUGAGAGGUCCAGCUGGACCACCAGGUCCACCUGGACCUACAGGAGUGGGUGGAGAUAAGGGAGAGAAGGGAUGUGAGGGACCACAGGGAGAGAGAGGGAUAACGGGACCUCGGGGAAUUGUGGGUCUCAAGGGGAUGACUGGAAGCAAGGGAGACAGUGGAGACACUGGUCAGCCUGGACCUCAGGGACCACAGGGAGGAACUGGUGACAAAGGAGAUCGCGGGGACACUGGACUAACUGGACAUCAGGGACAACUAGGAGCCCCAGGUCCUCUGGCCAUGGGAGGAGCUGUCUAUGUUCGCUGGGGGAGGACUGUUUGUCCCAGUGGCCAGGGAACUGAGCUGGUGUACUCUGGGAGAGCUGGAGGGAGUCACCGUGGUAACAGUGGAGGAGGUGCUAACCAUCUCUGUAUGCCA